AUGCCAAAAAUUGUUCAUGAUUCUGAUGCAAAACCUCCAUAUUCAUAUGCUACAUUGAUUGGAAUGGCAAUCUUGAGAGGUGAAGAUAGAAAAUUGACAUUAUCACAAAUUUAUUCUUGGAUAUCUUCAACUUUUAAAUACUACCGUCGUAAUGAUGUUGGUUGGCAAAACUCAAUUAGACAUAAUUUAUCAUUGAAUAAAGCUUUUGUUAAAACUGAAAAAUCAUCUGAUGGGAAAGGUCAUUAUUGGGAAAUUGUC